AUGUCUGAGGCGUCGGGUGUUGUGUCGGCCAGUGAUGAGAGUGAAACACUCACUUAUGAAGCGAUUCUCGAGUCGUUUGUCACAAACAAUACAUUCAAAUGUGAUUACAAUGAAUGCGACAAAAGAUUUUCAUCUCAACAACGAUUGGAUUCACAUAAACAAAGAAGACAUGCCAUUGGAGUCAACCUCCCGGUGCCCGACGUGUCCACUAUUACUCCAUUAGCGGACAGACUACUUCAAGCACUGAGCGUUAGGGAUGAGCCUAUUACUGAGACUCCAGUCUUCCAAUACUCCAGUGCCGACUACUGGGACAACAGAUCUACGAGACCCGAGGCUACAACCACACCAUUAACUGCUUGUAUACCUGUGCUCAACGAAACAUCGACUACUGUUCCCGAAAAUACUAGUGUUUGCGGGAAACGAAAUGCUAAUCACUCGCCUACUACUGUACAAAGUUCACCGAAACGUAUAAAAUUAAGGGAAAGCAAAGAACUACCGGUUCCGGCAACUCAUUUAAUGGAUACUAUCACCUGUAGUUCCGAUAGCGAUUCAAAUAUCGAUGACAUUGAGAUCAUUAACAUAGACAUACCCGCGCCUGAAGUGGUUGACAAUAAUGAUACAAAGCCUACCAAACAAAUAAUUGAAACACCAGUGCCUGACACUACACAUAAUACUCAAAACAAUUGUGUGCCCAAAUCGGAAGUGAUUUACCUCCCAAUCCCUCCCGUCGCUACUAUUCCUGAUUUCAUUAAAAAUGAGAGUCCAAUCAAUAUAGCGAUUGACGAAUCUAUGGAUGACGUUCCGGAGUCACCCGUUUGUGUGUCUGGCGCCGACAGCUUUUCAUCAGUAGCCAGAAGUUCCGAUAACGAUGUCUUGAGCGAUGACGACGACUCGGAUCAGUCGAGUGACGUGUCCGACGAAACCAAACAGUUAUGUCAGAGAUAUGAUAAUCUACUGCAACGGGUGUCCAACAUGUUGGGGACGAAUACCAGUGCAGAUAAUGGUGAAAACCCCGACCACUCUAUUAUAGACCACUCUGUGUCUGAUAGUCAUUGUCCAUCAGUUGAUAAUCCAGAUAAACAGAUAACUAGUCCUCCAGAAGCUAACACACUGGCAACUGAUGUCACGAAUAAAAUAAUUAAUCUAAACACUGGUCGCGCUUAUUAUAUCUGUGACUACGAGAAGUGUGGCAUAAAGUUUGAUUCAUACGUACACUUAAAUAAUCACAAAAACUGUGUUCACUAUGUGUUUAAGUGUCGAUACAGUGGUUGCGGCAGAAGUUUCAAAGGAAAGCAUUUUCUUAAGAAACACCAAAUCACUGAACAUUCAGCGGAAAUACAGUCUAAAUGUAAUCAUAGCGCCGACAGCGCCUCAAAGGCCAACACUUCUCAAAACCGGUCCAAUUCUGACAUAGCCGUGGCUUACGAUAGUGUGUUGUCUGUAGUAAGAGAUCCCAGACUAUUGAAAAGAAUGUUAAGCCGUCCAGAGGCCAGGGUCUCAAAUACCACUGAUGGCGGUAACGAUAUCUGCUAUACCAACGAUAAUAUGGAUGUCGAUUGCGAUGCGAUCAGUGGUACAGAACGUACACCAAUUGAGACAUCGUUGCCAAUAGUGGGCACUAGUCAGCCACUGACCGCCGAUUUAAUGGCCAACACUUGCAACAAUGAUUCAAAUGCUCCUCAAGAAGUGAUUGCCACUGAAUUGAACACUACUACAGAUAAUACUAAAUCAACUGACAAUCUAUCGGUGAUAGCAGUCGAUGGUAGAGUUGAACAGAUGGUAGUUGAAGACAUUCCCCUACCAUCCACUUCAAGUCAAGGGGAUUACAUACAAUCGACGACAACAGCACCUCAUGAUAGUGAUCAAGAAGUGACUGACCAGUCAUUGUCACUCAUUUCAAGCAGUAGUGAUGUAAUGCCUGACCAUUCAAUGGACAGGAAUCCAUCGCCCAGUACUUCAAUUGAUAAAAAAAGUCCACCAAAAGCUAAGCCUAACAAAGAAAAACGGAGACCUAUUGCCUACUCUGGGUAUAUGCGGUCUGACGGCUAUCUGUGUUCCGAUUCCGAUGACGACAGACCAGAAUUGGAGUCAUUCGACGGUUUACUGAAUUAUAUGUCCAGUCGUUUAGUGACAAAUACUAGGAGUCCAUCACCAGUUAUACCACCAGUGAGUGAUACCACGAGUGCUUCGCCGGUCAGUAGGCGUUCCUUGAGUGGUGGCGAGUGGUCUGAUAUAGAGUAUAGAGAUUGCGAUAAACUUAUGGCUAGCUUUGACUGCGAUGUAAACAAUUGUGACAAACAGUUUGACAACAGAUUGCGAUUAAAUGAACACAAAUUUAUCGCACAUAAGAUACUCGAGCCAUACGUUUGCGGUCAACAAGACUGCGGCAAACGGUUUGAGCGCUCGUUUGAUUACGUGAGACAUAGACGCAGCCAACACUUAGAGCACAUCCCCUACCAGUGCGAGUAUACCGGUUGCGGGAAUUGGUUUGCACACCGGUCGGCCCUAAAAUACCACAUAAAGGCUGACCACAUGAGAGCCCUACCAUUUUGUUGCGAUUACGACACGUGUGGGCUUCGGAAAUUCACGCUUUGGUCACUUAAUGAUGAUUUAGUUCAUAAGCUUAAAGUACACGCCGUUCCCUAUCCCUAUGUUUGCGAUUAUAAGGACUGUAGUGAGAGGUUUGCCGUAAAGGUUAUGAGAACUGACCACCAGAUUACUGUCCACUCAAUGGACAGUAAGUACGAAUGCGAUGGUAAGGGUUGUCGCGAAAAGUUUGCUACAAAACGAAAGCUCGAGAAACAUAAGAGUCGUUACCAUCAAGAAGUGGAUGACAACCGGCAUUCAUAUAAGAGGUACAAAUGUGUUAAAUGCGACAAAUAUUACGACAAUCGCUGGAAGUUGAGAGCACAUGAAUGGAGACGACAUGGCAUUGCCGAUGAGCUACCGGUGCCCACUGAUGACCGCGAUGAUAGCAAUGUUGAUGACAUACUGUUGCCUGAGAGUACACAUCCAGACCCGGACACCACAGUUAAUUGUAAACCAUUGCAGAUAUUAGAUGAACGACUUUCGGAGAUGACUGACCUCCCGGCCUCAACAUUAGAUGAACGACUUUCGGAGAUGACUGACCUCCCGGCCUCAGUAGUGCAGCCCUUAAGCACUCAUAUUACCGACUUGUUGGUCAACACGUGUGUUAAUGAUAUGCUGCUGUCAAAUCCGUACAGCACCCGUUAA